GCUGUGGAGAGGUUGUAGCACUGAGGGUGGAGCUACCUGGUUCAGAGGAGGGCAGCUGGUGACUGAAUGAGGAAGUGGUGAAGCUGAAGGCGUCACUCUGCUGCUGACACUGACUGACAGUCCACAUCCAGACAACAUGAAGGCUUCAUCUGUGUCUCUGCUGCUGACACCGACUGACAGUCCACAUCCAGACAACAUGAAGGCUUCAUCUGUGUCUCUGCUGCUGACACUGACUGACAGUCCACAUCCAGACAACAUGAAGGCUUCAUCUGUGUCUCUGCUGCUCGGUGUGUCUGUGCUGCUGCUGUCUGCACUGACUGUUUCUGCAGUCUCUCUGGAGGUCAGUCCCAACCGUCCUCAGUUCUUUAGAGAAGAGUCAGUCUGUCUGAAAUGUGUUGGAGAUGGACAUACAGCUGAUGGAUGGACGGUGAAGAGGACAGCAGGGGGACACAAUGAGGACUUUGGGAGGUUUGAUGGUUCCUGUUACAUCAUCUCAAAGCUCUCCCAGUCAGACACUGGAGUUUACUGGUGUGGAACCAGUUCUGGACAGAAGAGCAACCAGAUCAACAUCACUGUAACCAAUUAUAGAGGGGUUAUUUUGGAGCUUCCUGCUCUUCCUGUGAUGACAGGAAGUGAUGUCACUCUGCGCUGUAGAAAGAGAGGUGUCUCCACAUUCGAAGCCUUUUUCUUCAAGAAUGGAGUCCACAUUGGAUCUGGACCUGAAGGACAGUUUACCAUCAGUAAGGUCCAACAGUCUGAUGAAGGUCUCUACUGGUGUUUUAUUGAACGGACUGUUGAGUCUCCUCGGAGCUGGCUGAGGGUCAGAGGUCCUCCUGCUUUAACUACUCUUCCUCUUCCUCCUCCUCCUCCUGUAGCCUCCUCCUCCUCCUCCUCCUGCAGACUCCUCCCCUCCCUUCUCUCUCCUCCUCCCAGUUGGAGCAGCUGUAGGUUCUCUGGUUCUGGUUCUGGUUCUGGUUGGAGUUGUGUGGCUCUGCAGGAAUCAAUCAGAUACUGUCCAAUCUGCUCAGAGGAAACACGCUGCAGGUCUGACUGUGCUGACUGCUGCAGGUGUGGCUGUGCUGCUGUAUGGACUGACUGUUUCUGCAGACUCCUCUCUGCCUGUGCUCAGACUCUUCUGCCAUCUAGUGGUCGUCUGUCCGUACUGCGUCUGUACUGCUCUGAUGGCGUCCAUCUGCUGCAGCAGGAAGACGGGAAACAAAGAGGUAGUCUCCAUGGAGAUGACCCAGCGUGUCAGAGGUGGUCACAGAUUGGAUGAAGAGUACGAUGAUGUCACUGCUGACGUCACCACUGAGUAUAAGUUCUGAGCUGUGAGCGCAGUGACAGCAGCUGAUGUAACAUGGACUCUGAUCAAUAACAUGAUGGAUCUGAAGUCAGCUCCUGAUCAGUCUCAGUCACUGAUCAUCAUCAUCUUUUUAUUCAUUGUCUUUAUUUUCACUGCUCAGAAACAUUGAUAUGAUACGAUGUGACCACACUCAGAUUUAUUCUGGAAACAAAGAGUUAACUGAACUAUUGAUUAUCUUGUAGCUGUACACUCAGUGAUCACUUUAUUAGGUCCACCUGUACAGGUGUACAACUCUGUAAUGUUCAGUGUUAAUGCUGUUUUAUCAUUGAGCUCACAGUCAGUGACGCUGUUGUACUGGACCGCAUUAUAUUCAGAGGGUUCCUAAUAUUGGGACCAGCUGUAUGUAAAGAGGAGCUCUCAGCAGACUGUAGCUCAGUAAUAAACACAACAACAAAAAGUGAACAGUAUAAAGUGGUAUCACUGAUGGCAUUAGACUGUACAGGUGGACCUAAUACAGUGAGCACUGAGGACAUCCUGGUGCCUUACAUACAGUAUGUACCUGUGCUUCAGUCCUGAUGUUCUCUUAUCUGUGCCCUUCUCAUUAGUUGUUGAUAGAUUUCUGAACUCUUUCAAUCUCUUGUUUCUCUUCAUCAAUAAAGAGUGAAAGUGAA